UAGCCGCCCAUUGUUUUCAGAGCAUGUUUAUUUACAAAGACAAUUUUGAAUGCUCAAUACUAGACGUACAUUUCUGUGUGAAAUACUCUGCAUAACAGUUCAUAGCUAUUUCAAAUAUUUUGAUUUUAAAAAAGAAUUAGAAUUAAAGUUACAGUACAUCAUCCUUGUCAUCAUAUUUGUUAGCGGUUGCAAAUGUUAAGAAAAGUUAAAGGGAUGUUCAUACUGUAUAAGUGAAUGUGGAAAAAACAGAUCAUACAACUGUUUUCAAAAAUCAAAACCACAAAACUGCUCAGCCAGGCUUUGGUCAAAAGUUGUAUUUUAAACACAUGAUCCAGGUGGUUUCAUUUUGAAUUCGUACAGUUUCAUAUUUUUUAAGUUUAUUCAAGUGACUGACGUGUUUAUUGGCCACAUUCUACAAGUAAAACUCUUCAUUUUAACCACUGCCUUGAUGCAAAUGCCUCGCCGUCUCAAUGUCAGGUCAAAUAGAUGAAAUCCAGAUUUUGUAUGGAGGAGGUAAAUGGUAGUGGGGCUUCUUGCCAAAACACGGAUAUUAUCACAUUUGAUGCCCUAAAAAUUAACAGUGAACUUUAGGAUUUUAAUGACUUUUCUAUAAGAACAACAUUUAUCUCAGUGCUGGGCAAUUGUUUAUUUUUCAAACAAAUGUUAGCCAAGUCUUAACGAUUUUAAAAGCCAACUGAAACCUUUUUAGUCUUGCUUUUAACUACAUUGUACAUCAUUAACUCUGUUUAAGUGUUUUAGCAUUUAUCUAUUCUAGUUUUAAUCAAAGGAUCGUCUUUUAUUGAGCUAUUUUGGUGCUCUGAUUUUAGUAUCUUUUACUGUUGUUUUUAUUUCAUUUUAUUUAUUAUUUCUUAAAUGUCAUUCUUUGUUUCUUUGUUUUUAGAUUUUAACCUAAACCUCCAGUGUUUCCUUAUCUUGAGUUUUAAAAUGACGUUUCCUUAGUGCGCACAUUCCUGUUUCCAUGAAAUCAAGCCCUUUUUUAAGUUUAUGCAUUUUAAUACUGUUUCUGUUGCAAUUAGAUCGUGGGGUGGGAAUGAGGGGUUGGGCUGGGGUAAAUUUGGGUAUUCUUUGUUUCUUUUAUUCCUUUGUGCUACAUGUUAUGUAUGUAAAGUGCUAUAUAAAUAAAGACUGAUUGAGACUGAAGUGUUUGGCAUUAGACGUAUCUGCCUGCUCAUAUUCAGUUUUGCUGGCAGGUGGAUCUGGACCAAUCCCAAUCCUUCAUUUAAGGUGAUGACAGAGGAGGAACUGCUUCAUAAACAAUCAAGGUAUUUCUAAUAAAGAGUCCUACAAGGUGCUUUAAAUAAUUGAGUUUGGUACCCAGCCUGCAGCAGCUGUUCCAGACUUUGAAAAAGACAUGAUAGAAAUAAUCGGUCUUUGUUGACAAUAAUGUUUGUUUGGCAAGAUCACCAUUAAUUUCAGUCUCUUUUAUAACCAUCUUCGAAUUCUUCAGAGUAACUUUGUUGAAGGUAGAAGUCUAGCCUACCGUGACAGCAUGGUUUUGACAAAUGUACUCAGAGCUGACAACAAAGAAAACUCUGCCUGAACAUUUGAUGUUGGGCAGCUGUGAGAGUGUGCCCACCCUCGUUAAUGAAGCUGGAUAACAGCUCUCAUUAUGAGCACACUCCAUUUAAAUGAGCCAUAAUAGCACCUCUUGAUAAUCAACCUGAUAGGCGCCCCCUUUGGACUCUAUACCCUUUCAUUGGUCGGCUGGACAGCAUUGCGUAGACACUGAUAGGCCAUCAGGAGGAGGGUGGGUGUGGCAGGCUGGCUGUUGGCCAACAAAAUUGAUAGGACCCAUAGGACAGAACUUGGCUAGCAGGGAUGCUAAUACAAGUAGAUAAAAGGCAGCGACGUUGCGAGGCUUUGUGUUGAUUAAGGAUGGGGACUGGUGUGACCCUUUAUCUCAGGCACAUUAAAGCAUCAAGUACACUUUGUCAUUAGACAUAAACACCAUAAUGGUUUUAGGAAGCUAUACCAUAAAUCACCCAACAACAACAUGUUGGAGAAGAAUAUGUAAAUGUUGGCUGAGCUCCAUGUAGCUGCUGAUGUUUUCAGGCGGGGUCCGGCUUACUGUUAGUACUCUCUUAAUACUGGGACAGUCGAAUAAGAGGGUGAGACUUAGGAAUAUAAAGACAAGUUUUUAAAUAUCAAGGCCUUACAACCUACACCUGUGUCUAUUUCAUAAGCAAGACAACCACUACAGCUCCAGCGGCAUGAAAUCAAAUUUAGGGUGUUGGAGCUCCGUUUGUGUCUGGACACUUUUUUCUGCACUAAAAAAGCAAAAUAAGACCUCGUAAAAAACCAGCAAUGGGCUAACUUUACAACUUUCAUAACUGACGAGCACAAAAUAAGCUUACAAGCCCAAUAAAGAUGACAAUCAUACUUAAACCGUUUAAUCAGGGACUUGGGAAUUUAGAAAUAGUUUAAAAAGAUAUAUUGCUAGCUGGAAAAUGCCCAAAAAAAAUCAUCAAAAGGCAUCAAAACCACAAAUAAAAAAAGCAAAUAAACACAAAACAGUAUAAAAAAAAUUUAAAAAGAAAAAAACAGUGAAAUUGUGUCUUUCCUCCUCAAUCCACUGAUAUUGAUGAAAAAGUGUUAUCUCCACCACAAAAGCUUGAUUUACAUGAUUAGCUGUCGAAGGCUUCUUUAAAAAUCAAAACUACAAAGCUCGGUUCCUUUAAUCCCUUCCUCCAAUCAGAGUUCAAAGUUAAGAAAACCCACUCUUUGAAGUUGGUUGAGUGUCAGUGAGGUUUGUUGAUCAGCAUCCUUGAUAUCAGCAUCCUUGAGGAUGUACGUUUACAACAACAUUUGUGCUGCAGUGGUGUUGUAGGUUUGACGUACUGUAGGUGCAGUAUGAUGCAGAGUGAUGCAGAGGAGGGGGGGCCAGAGUUGCAUGUACUCGAGAAGAACGUGACCCUUUCUCAAAUGAGAGUGGAAAAAACGAUGGCUUGAUAAAAAUAUCUUGGCCCAUCUCGUCUUCCCCUGGGGGGCUGCCUCCCCUGCUUUCAUCCGGUAGCCUGGAGGGAGAAAGAAGGAACAAACAGGGUGGAGAAAAAGAGGAAGAGCACUGAGAGAAAAAAGUAAAAAUGUAGAGAAUGAGUGUAAAAUGAAAAUUCAAAGACUGUGAGAAAAGGACAAAAGUGAAUGAAUUAAAGAAAGAAAUGAGAAACCCAUGACAGAAGACCAGAUACAGUUAUUAAGCACCUUUAACUUUGCUCAUGUAAUGACCAGCAGUGACUCUGUUGUGAUUAAUGGAUGGAUGAGCUCUCUCUCUCUCUCUCUCUCUCUCUCUCUGUCUCUCUCUCUCUCUCUCUCAGUUUCCCCUCCCUUCCUUGUUUUCUGUCAUCUGCUCUGUUUCUGUGCCUCUAUAUAACCCCUGACACAGACCCUGUCUCAUCAUAGCUUGGUAGGGUGGACAGGUGUCAACAGAAGUUGCAUGUUAGUGUGAAACAGAGCUUCACACGUUAGAUUAAGUAUUCUGCUGCUGAUUGUUGUUUAUUUCACAGAUAUUAUAGGAGAGGUAUUUGACUGUUCUGUUUCAUCUGUGCUGACUGGAGCUUUAAACAGACAAACUACAGACUUUUAAUUUAAAGGCAUAUCAGCAGCCAGGUGAAGAUGAUGCACCGAUCAGCACUCAACCUCAGAAUGACCUCACUGCUGCUGCUGCUGGUGGUGCUGGUGAUGGACACAGGUAAGACAUUUUUAAAGUUUUACACAAAUAUCUUCUUGUUGAUGCUGUAUUACAGACACAUUGGGAGAAAGACUACACUUAAGAAUUAAACAUGAAAUGCACCAAGAAUUAAAAGGGUUUUAAAGGCACUCCUAUAAAUGCUCAACAUCUUUCUGCAGGAGCAAAGAAUGAUGAGGUUUCUUUUUUUCUCUUAAAGCUAAAAAAAAAUCAGCUGACACUAUAACUCAAAUGUGUAUUGCAAUGCUUUAUAUAUAACUCCAGACUAAUAUAGUUUGCCCCUCAUGAAAGGGGUUGUCCAACAUUUUAUUUCCAGAUGAGAAGAUUGUUUGACAUUUUUCCUUUCUGUAUAAAAUCACGAGUAGUUAAAUAAAAGGCAGACAAUGUUGCAAAAAAACUCAAGGACACUCUCCUCUUCACCUCCACAGAAGCAGGGAUGAAUAUCCUCGCCACCAAAGUGGACAUUAUGGUGGGAAAUGAGAUCUUACUGCUCUGUAAAGGUGAGUCAGUUUGAUUUUAUCCUAAGACUGUAGUAAAGUUAAAUCUUUUUCAUCAUUUUAAAUCUUCUCGUGCUUUCCUUACUUGUCUGUCCUCUGAUCCUAGCCGGAGGAGAAGGAGACAUAACAUGGCAGAAGGAUGGGGAAGACAUCACAGAAGACAUGGCAAAGGUUUCAAUGGUGGAUGAGGCCUCCUCAAAAUUAGUCAUUGAGAAGGCAAAAAUGACGGACUCAGGCACGUACACCUGCCUUUGCGAGUUUGAGAGUGGACACGCAGAUCAUACUGAAAAAAUAAUCUAUGUUUACGGUAAGUACAGACAAGCUCUGAACAUUUUUCUGUUACAAUAAAAAUCUGUAUUUUUUGGAGACUCAACAUCAUAUUCUCCUUCUCUUCUGUCAGAGGGGCCAACAUUUAAUGGUACCUCCACCUAUCACGAGUUUCUAGUGGGUACAACGGGUCGGGUGCCUUGUCUGGCUGCAGGACAGCCAGCUGUGGAGGUUCACUGGUUCAGAGACAAUCAAGAAAUCUCAACCAAUGGUAGGACCCGCACCAACAUGGGCAAGUGGGGACUCUGUAUGUGUGUUUAAAGAUGAUCAAUAUUGAUCAAUACUUUUAAUUCCACUUUAGUUAAAAUGAAAUGAAAAAAAACAACAACAAAAAAAGCAAUCCUCUGUAAGGAUAAUCCAACAAAGACUGCUGUAUCUCUCUUAGCUCAACAGAGCCCAUUUUAGUCCCUGUCGGCUUCAUGUUUCUAUUGUACAGCCCUGGACUGGACUGUUUGGUUUUAGAGUGUAUCUGAGCAUUGUUUUCUCAGGUCACAGGCCCACUUGAAUAAGCACCACUAAACUAGUGAAUAUUCUUAAUGUGUACAUUCAGUAUUUCUUUGGUUGAUUUCCUUGUUGGACUUAUGCUGAAGGUGCUCUACUGAGUGUCUCUUUGAUCCAGCUGUAGUCAUGUGACUUUAUCAUCAACGUUCCUUGUAACUGUGUCUUUCUUAACUGCGUCUUUGUCCUGAUCUCUUUCCAUCUAUCUUGUACUCCAGCAGGAAGACGUGCGCAUAGGCUGCCUGACAACACACUGCUCAUUAAGGAAGUUCAGAGAGAAGAUGCUGGGACUUACGAGUGCAGGGCAUUUAUCAAAGGGAGGCCUAUCCAACGGACACUCCCUGUCUCUGUUGUCGUUAACGGUCAGAAUCUUUUUCAAGACACAAUUUAUGACACUAUUGAAUUUAUUUCAUAUCUCAUGCAAGAUAAGCAUGAAUUUGAUAUAAAUAUGGCUCAUCACUGCAGCUGGUCCUACCGCGCGUCUGAAGGAGGAGAUAAAAAAAGUGGUGGCUGGACCAGAAAUCAACGUUACCUUUCUGUGUUUGGUGGAUGGCCUGCCACAACCCAACAUCACCUGGACCCUGUGAGUUAAGACUUUUGACAUUGAAAACUUUUGAAAGGCACAGUAUGACCAUGUCUAUGACUAUGUCCAUGAGGAGAGCUUUCACAGGGAUGAAAUUUAGCUGUUUCAUCUCAAUAGCUUUAAGAGUCAUGUCAAGUUUUGGUUAAUUUUUGCAUCAUAUUUCCUUACUUAUAGUCUUGUCAGCAUGUGAUCUAUAUUGUAGAUGAGUGCUCUUAAUGUAGCGUUCUGAGACUUAAUCUAUGUGCUGCUGGUUGGGUUAGAAGGUAAGGAGGUCUAAUGUGUAUAGUAGUGUUUGUGUAUCCCUUAGGUGAUCUUUUUCAUUGUUGAUUAUUGUGCAGAUACCUAGGUUCACAUUAUCUUUUCGUUUGAAUUUCUUCAGCAUAACAAAUGUGUUUUCAAUGUGUAGAUUUCUCUGCUUUAUCUCCUCUCAGGCCCACAAAGUUUGACCCGUCGCAUCAUCACUAUAACUCGGAUAAAAGCGAGCUGACAAUCGUGUCUGUAGCCAGGGCAGACUAUGGAGAGUACAUCUGCACAACCAGAAACAAGAUCUCUGAGGACAGUGCCACUGCCUUGCUUCAUGUGUUUGGUUCGUCAUGACUCUAUCUCAUUAUUUUCUUCUCCUUGCUGCAGAAUGAUGUCAAAUGUGCAGCAAAGAGUUUCUUUGUAUUCUGGUGAGGUGUUUAUUGUUACGGAUAUGUUUCCUUUCAGAGGCCCCAGAGGUGUCUUUGUCAGCAGAGUCGAAGAGUGUGUCAGUGGGUGAACAUGUGUCUGUAUCCUGUAACGUGUCUGGACAUCCUCAGCCUGAACUACACUGGCUCAACAAGUACAACGGGCAAACUUUGGUACACAACUUUCUUGCACACUUUUCUGCAGCUUUUCAAAGUCAGGUUGUAAUGGAUAGAGAGCAUCGAAUUUCUAAUGUCAAUGUCUGGUCGUGAACGGUACUCCGAAGGGAACUGACAGUUUUAAAGCACACUGUAAGAUCUCUGGGUGCAUGUGUUGUUUACAUGUGAGACAUUUCAAAUGGGAUUACAUAGCUAUCAGGUCUGGCAUUUGGGGACUGUGGAAGAGGCAUGCUACUCCAAGUAACAUCUGGUGCUUCAAGAUGUGCUUUGAUUAAGAUAACAAUAUCAUUAAUAAAAACAUAUAGGUGAUAAUGUUACUGAUCAAUGAGUAGACAUUUUUGGGAACCACAUGUGGACUCCUGCACCCUUACGUGAUGUCAUGACCUUUAAUUUAGGAAAGCAUGUGCUACAGUUUUGAAAGUCAAAAGCAACAUGGAAGUUAUGAAUUCAUAGAUUUUCCUUUGGUCUCAAAUGUGACUGGAUGUUGUUUUUCAUGCUUCUACCUGACAGGACUCAACCUCUGGCCGCGUCCGCGUUGUCAACGGUUUGUUGACAAUUGAUGAGGUGGUGCCCUCUGAUGGUGGACUUUAUUCCUGCAUGGCUGUCAGCAUAACUGGAAAUGCAUCAAGAGAUGUUACAAUUAUGAGUAAGAAAUUGUGUUUUGUUUUUCUUUGUAGAAAAAAUCAUGUGAAGUAUAAUUGCACCAAUAAUUACAACUUCAGCAUUCACUAAUUUUCUAAUGAUCGUCUUCUUUCGUUUACUCCCUGCUCUCUUUUCCUCUGUCUUUCCUCCUGACUCACAGCCCAGCCCGGUCCACCUCAAUACCUGUCCAUCUCACCUGGACCAACUUCAGUGUUGUUCCUUCUCAAAACCUUACCCAUCAGUGGGGGAGCACCCAUCACAAAUUACGUCCUGCAGUGGAGGCGAAGUGUAGCAGAAAAGUGGAUGGAGACGGUCACAGCCCCAGACUUAGGUAAAACCCAACAAAACCAUUAACUGUAUUCUGUUAUAAAAUUACAACUGCUUAUAUCUGUUCAUCCUGAGUCCUACUCUGUGUCUGUGUUUGCUCUCUAGAUCCCCUCGCCAUCACCUCCCUUAGGCCGUACACGUUGUACUCAGUGCGUUUAGCUGCCAUGAACAAAGUGGGGCUGGGACCGUUCUCAGACAUCAAGACUGUACGCACACAUGGAAUACGUAAGUGCUUCACACACUGACAACACAGCCGCUGCACAAAGUGUCAACAAAACCAAAUCAAUCCAUAUUUCAUGCCACAUUUGCAGCAUAUGCAUCAUGUGUAUGUUUCUUGUCAAUCAGAGACAUGCUCAUAUAUUUACACAAAACCCCUAUCCUGGCUGGUGUGUGCGUGCGGUUGGAGAAGAUUUUUCCCCUUCAUCGAUCAUCACAAAUUUUUAUUGUUUGUCUUUCAUGACACCGUCAUUACAACAUUUCCAUGAAAUCAUCAUGUGGGUCCUGAUGUCUUUUCAUGCUGCCAUGUUGUCAUCCAUCCUCAGAGGGUAAAGUACAGUCAUUUGCAAAACUAGAAAUAAAAACUCUGAAUGUUCACAGAAAGACAUACAUCUGAAGAUCAUGUUCUCAUGAUUCUUAAAGUGUAUUUAUGACAAAGUUAAUCAUCAGUGUCUUUUUCUACAGGUGAACCAGACAGUCCAAUUUUGUCCACUGAUGUAGUGAAACAAGAGGGGACUUCAUUCUCCAUCCCUCUGAAGCAAAGUGAUGAUGGAGGAACUCCUGUGCAGCACUUCAACUUACGAUACAAACAGGUGAGUGCGCUGGCCUCCCACGAUUUUCACAAACGUGUCAUGAAACACGUUUGAGAUUUCACUGCCUCAUUUACCAAACAACAACACUUGGAAAAAAUCAGUCUGUGGGAUAUAACCAUUUCUAGAAAAUGCGUGUUUCAUACAGCUAAGUAGUAGGGGUGGGAAAAUAAAAUUGAUACAGCAUAGUAUUGCGAUAUUUUGUCUGGUUAAAUAUUGUAUCGUCUCAUUGACCAAGUAUUGAUUUUUUUCAAAUGAAUUGCUAAUAUGAACUCAAAUCUAUGAUAAUAGAAAAAUAAAAUCAACUGUUUGUCCAGUGAGGCUGGCAGAGGUGACAUUAUAGAUCAGGAGAAAGUUAGUGCAGCAAAUAUAGCAGCACUUGGAGAAAGACAUUAGGAAUGCAGGCAGGGCACAAAUGAGAUGGACCUUACACAUAAGGUUUGCAAGAAAUGCUUCAUGAAAAUAAAAUAUUGUGAUAAUCAGACAAACAUCAAGGAAAGAAAGAUGCUUAAUCAGUUAAGUAGUUGAAAAAAUAAUAUCGUAUCGUGGGGCCACUGGUGAUUCCCACCCCUGCAAAGUAGUAGGACCAAAGGUCAUAGUCGUAACUGUUCACAACCCAAGUCCCUCACCCUUACAAGGCACUGUCUGUUGAAAACCUCAUGACCUCGAUGGAUAGAAGAUGGUGAUGGUCAUUUUGACUUUGGCUCUCUUUAUUUUCUUUCUGUCAUUUAAUCUUUAUUUCUUCUCCUGCCUUUCACUCUCUCAGGAUAAAGAAGGACUCGAGUGGAAAGAGAUGCAGCUGCCCUCCAGUUCAGACUCUAUCUCCCUUGAAGGCCUGUCUUAUGGCUCAAACUAUCAACUGGAAGUCACAGCUGUCAACGCAAAUGGUUCCUCUACUCCUACAACAUUUAACUUCACCGUCGGACCACAGCCAAGUAGGCAGCUCCCAAAUUACCUAUUAGCCAUACAAUAGGGUCUAAACUUCAAAACCUCAGCAGGACCAAGCGUCAUCUCAAAAAAGUGUUAAGGUGCUCUUCAUACUGUUUGUUUUAGUCAUGUUAACUGUCUGUUUCUAUCUCUCCGCUCAAAGUGACCAAUCGCAGCAUGACCAAAGGCGCCGUGGUGUCCAUCGUCAUGUUGAUCUUCCUGGUGAUAUUCCUCAUAGUUGACGCCUCCUGCUGCUACAUAAACCGCUGUGGCCUGCUUAUGUCCAUUGCUCUGAAACUGUUUGGACAGAAAGUGCCGGGCCUUCGAACGCUUGAGGACGGUGAAGGAAAUGGGUGAGUUGAUGUCUAAAAUUUGAAAGACUUUCCUGCAAAUAUUCAUGUUUGAUGUUGAUUGUUUGAUAAAGCUUUUUUUUUUUACCUUUUAGUUGCAUUUCUCAUAUUUGAAACUGUUGAUUGUGUUUCCUUACUGCAGAGAAGUGAAGUUCAAGGGUGUUGACACUCCCAGAGGCAGUCUACAACAGACGGGAGUUCAGACAAUCUCCAAGGAUGGCGAGCAGCUCAGAGAAGUCACCUGCGACAAAGCUCAUCUCACCAAACAUGAGUAAGCUCUUACACUCAAUAUCAGACCUCAAAUACCAGCGAAGAAAAUAUCUUAUUAAAGCUUCUACGAGGGUUUUUUAGCUGGUUAUCCACAUGGUUACCCUUUUUAACCUCAGUUUGCCAAUGACGCCACUUGCUGCAAGACUGAUCAAAUCUAAGUUGUGAUUUUAAACAUGAUUGACAGCAUACUAAAGAAAGAAACACAAAAUUUCAAAGUAAGUGAUAUGCAUAACUAUCGAGGGCAGAACUCUGACCACAGGGGGCGCCAAAAUCGACAUUAAACAGAAAGGUCCUCAAAGGAGCUUCAACAAUGUCUGCAUGUUGUUGUAGGAAUGGAAAGUUACUAAGUUUGUUUGUCAUGGUAAAAAUCAAUCUCACUGUCCACGUUACAAGAACAAUUGAAUCCACUUAUCAAAUGCAAUUUUUAAAUAUGAUUUUUCAAAGCCUCUGUGACCAUAGUUGUGUUGGGGCUUACCACCGAUAUAUGAAUGACUGCAAUAACAAAAGAACAAAACAAUAUGAUGCAGGUUGACUCAGAGAAAUGUACAAUUCUGUCCAUAUCAUUCCAGCUGAUUUUGACAAACUCCUGGUGAUCAAAUAUCUACCAGAAAAAAAACAACAACUUUGAUCGAAAAAACACAAAGCAGUUCAUCAUUUUGGAUAUGUAAAUUUUAACCAAAUGAGCCUCAAAACCGUUUUUAGUGAUUGAAUGACUUGACUGAUACUUAAAAAAUAGAUCCAGCUUGCUUUUUGUGCUACCACAUGCAUGUUUCUUGUUUAUUUUGGUGCUUGUAUGCUUUUAUUGAGAGGAUAUUAUAUUUGAUAGAAAAGGAGAUGGCCAAAGAGAGCAGGAAUGAGACAUGUGACAAAAGGCUGGACUGAGCCCAGUCCACCAGUUCUGGGCACGAUUGAGGCAAAACGAUGACUGGCUAUGAUAAACCACCCUUUACCAAAGAUUUAGAGAUAAGUGUUUCAUUCAGUGUAAGCUUUUAAUACAGUAUCUUCUUUAUUCUUUUUACAACAGGAAAUCCCAACCUCAGAACGACCAGUCCAAUGGCAAUGCAUGAAGUUACUGACACAAAGGAUACCUAUGAGAAACGUGAGCUAACGAAGUGUGAACACAUGGAAAAACAAAGAAUGUAUAAAAUAAUCACACAGCUUUAACAAGAGACUCGAAAACGUUGAUGAAAGUGGAAACAUCUUUCAUGGGGAAGAUGAAACAUCACUGACAGGACUCUUCUGAAUGAAUGAGAGAACGAACAGCCUGCAUUCAGAAAACACAACCUCUGAACAAAGCUACUGGCAGGAAAUGAUGUCAUUUUGUAGUCCUAUUUGAGUCUUUCUCUUCUCUCAUUUGCAUUUCACCUUCUUUACAGGGUAAUUUUGACAUUUAUGGUCAACAGGGUAAAACAGCUGUAAAGGUUUCCUUUGUCAUGAGACGCAAUUUUUUUUUCCUGUUUUAUUUUUACUCCUUAUUGGAUGUGUCAUGAAUUUCCUAUAUUGUGCAGUGUUUUGUCAGAGUAGUUUUGAUAUCCAUCCUCGCCGGCAACUUUUUUAUGCACCUUUCCUGUUGAUGUUUAUUUGUUACUUACUUUGCUGCUCAUCUUACGAUUAUUGACAAAACUUUGAGUAUGUUUUAUUUAAGAACAGUGUGUGUUGAUGCUCAGUGGUGUUUUUCUUUUUCACCAUUGAGAGUCAUUUGAGCUUAAAGUAAACCAAUUCACUUUAUGUAUUCACCAUUAACUCAUACUUUUUGGACUUUGAAAGGCUCAUAGGUGUGAGGGUGCUAAGAAGAAUCUACUUUAAUUUAAAAAAAUAAUAAUCUAAGUAUUUGUAAUCAGUUUAUAAACUACUAGAAGUGACAUUUGCAACCAAUUUGUUCUGAUGCUAUAGUUACUACAAAUAAUCACUCUGUUGCAGCAUUUCUGCUUGUAAGGUUGUCAUGCUUGACAGUGUCCUCGGUCAUUUGUAGACAUAAGUGCAGUAUUAUGAUAGUGUUUGAAUACAGUCUGUGGUUUUAAUACUGUACAGAACACUGUAAAUUAUUACAUACACUUGUUGUUCCAUCUUUACAUGUUAUAAAAUGUAAACACCUUUUUGUGUUUUGUACUCAUUUAUUUAAUGCUUCAUUUUACUGUUCAUAAGGUCUCAAUUAAAUCUUCAACACAUUAUGUUUCGGUCUUGAAUGGCUGUAAAAAUCCUGAAAAAUCUUAAAGGGAUAUUCUGGUGUAAAAUUAAUUUAGGGUCAAACACACCAUAACACAGAGUUAGACACCCCCUCGAGAGAUGAAUGCUGUCAACCGCUUGCUUCUCUUGCUAUACUGGUCAACUUUAGUAACAACCGCAUGAUAGCAAUACACAGCGGUCUGAGGAGCCAUAAACAAACCUCUACCAAAAAGCCACCCUAUAGCCACAAAUAAUGCUCAGAACAACACCUAACUUCAUCAACAGUACAUAAAGGGUCAAAGCCAAAGAAUAUCCCUUUAAGUGACUAAUGUGACUUAUCAAAGAGCAUUUUAAGGAAUAUUACUGUUACUUAAAUUUGUCCUUUAUAAAACAAAGCAAUUAUGGUGAGAGCUUGAAGAUAGAGAUUAAGUUAACUCAUUUGGAAGACAAAGCAAACGCAUGAUCAACGCUCUAUAAAAUUCAUGCAUAUACCCUCAUAUGAUAUCAUCACAUGUUGCAGAUGCUGAAGUCUGAAAAAUCAGUGUCAUCGGUGUGUGAGGGUCAAUUUUUGACAGGCCUUUUGAAACACACCACGAGACGUCAAUUUGGUUAUGAUUCUGAGUCAUACUUUACAGUCUCCAUAGAGCACUAAUAACAGCGAGGUCAUGUUGGGCAGCAGCUCUCUGUUUUAGUGCUAUGUAAUAUUGUGUCGAUCGCGAACGAUUCGUUAAAAAGAACCGUAUCUUUUAAGGGAACGUACUGAUUCGAAUCAUUUCCUCGAGUGAUUCGGUCGUUUCUCACUCCAGUUGAGCUGAAGUCAGAAACAGUAUUGCCAGGCCAGCAGCUGGCAAACGAAGAACCACAUGCACCAACACCUGAACCACUUCGUAAAUGAGUCAAGCAUUGAACUGCACUCUCUGGAAUCAUUUUUGUCUGACAAAACUACCUCAGGAUCACUCACUGAGCCCAAAUUAUCGAGAAGACCUGGUAAAUAGCAUAUCAUAGGUGAGUACACUUAAAAUAUCAUGACUUUUUACAAACCUGUUUGUCAAAGCAGCACAGCCAAACACUCUCGUCUCCCAGUGCCAGAAGCUAUGAAUUUAACUGAAUCCUGAACCGUUCAGCUGUGUAUCAGUUCAGGAGGUCGGAGUCGCUGGCUUCUCCCGCUAAAUGAUUCGGUGAUUUGGUGGACGGAUCUUUUGAACGAAUCUUUUUCGUGAACUGAUCCUAGU